AUGAAGAAUGGAAAAAGGGUCCGAGGAACGGGGAGGAAUCAAGCUGUGCAGUCCUCUAGUAAUUUUGUGAGUGUAUUCGAUAAGAUUCAGGGAUUCGAUUUUGCAGUGUGGUUGAAGAGUGUGGAGAAAGAGGGGGAUUACGUGGUGGUGAAGAUGGACGCGGAAGGGAUAGAGAUCCAUUUGGUUCCAAGAUUGGUUGAAACGGGAGCCAAUUGUUUGAUCGAUAAGAUGUUGCCCGGAAAAGAGGAGUCCCGAUUAUCAAAACACAUAUGUUCAAUGCUUGGAAAUAAACUAACACAAACUUCUGAUACAGAAAGAAUGCUAUAUAACCACUCCCCAUUAUCCUAA